AUGGUCCGUCUAGCGAUGCCCUCCCUCCUGGACGUCCUGGCCAACCCUGAGGACGAGCUCAGCAUGCUCACCGCGCAGCGCUACAUCAGCGAGGCUAUCGUUACAAGCCCCUAUAAGGAGUUCAUCGCAAAGGAGUACUGUCGUAGAACCUUCUCAGUUUGCCUCGACCAAGUGACCAAGGAAAGCGCGCCAUUGAAGUAUCUCCUCUGUGAGCUCUGGCUGGCCUUCGUUCGAGAGACCGGAGCCAGCAACUGCCGGGAUGCAGUGGAGUCUCUCCUUUUCAUGUUUGCCAAGUCCGCUGAGUCCGACGAUGAGGCCAAAGCUGUCGGGGUUCAGCAGCUCCUGCUGGCGAGUGGCAGAGGCAGCUUUGAGUUCUACGAUGAGAUUGCGAGACGGGCUAUUGUACCAGCGAUGAGUUCACCACAAGUCAUCAUAGCCAACAAGCAUGCGGUGGUAGACUUCUGUAUCAAGUUCCUCAGUGAGGGAACCAUAUGCGAUGAAGGUCUCGCUGAGCAGGCGGCUGAGUGUUUGCUCAAACUUCAAGAUAAGGACAUCCAACCGGCGCUAGCAGCAGUGGUCCCAGCAUGUGGCGCGGACUCCCCCGUAGCGAGCAAGGCCAUGAACGUGGCUAUUGCUCGUGGCUGGGCGAGUGUUGUUAAGAAGGUCUAUCCUCGACAUCCUCACAUCACACUGAAUGAGGUCGUCCCUGCCCUGCGGCAACAAGCUCCUCAUUCGAGUGCCUUGGCCUGUGCCGUGGUGGCACAAAUCUUCGCUGAUCAUCCGGCUGAGGCCAAGUCCCUACUGAGCACAAUCAGUGUGUCUGAAAUAGCGAAGUCGCCGGAGUGGUCAGAAGAUGCUUACGACUUCUUAAUGGAUAGUCUACCUGAGGUGGCGACUUGGCCAUGGCCUCUCAUCGUGGCUAGUCCCAUUAACGAAGGCUCCUUGGCUUCUCUUGCAUGUAUGCUGUCGAUUGGAAAUCAAUCUUUGUGCCAGAAGGUGGUCGCCCUGGUCGAAUCCAAUCCUCGAAAAUUCGCCGGCUUGCUUGCUGGUCUCCCUCGAGAUGAGCUCGGUAAAUGCCCCGUGUCUAACUGGUCUGCGCUGUUCGAGUCUGUGGUGAUUGAUCCGCCAGCCGCCCUCAACGUGCUGGAGGUGUGCCCCGAUGAUGCAUUUGAUGCCUGCUUAUCAGGAUCUCUGACGAAGGAUGCUGAUCCUGCUAUUUGGGCAACUGUUAUGAAGGUCGGG